UAAUGAUUUGCUUGUUGGACGCCCAAAACUGACGUUGGAGCUUGGCUCCUGUGAUGGCUGCAAAGACUGUGGCCGCACCCACAGUGCCGUUUGAAGUGCAGAAAGAUGCCGUGGUUUGCCAGGAGGCGAAGGUUCAAGGAGUGCAUAGCAUUAAAGUUGGCCAGGGAACAGUGAUUCAUCCUGCCAGUUUGAUCAACGCUCAGGCUGGACCCAUUGUCAUUGGCUCCUUCAACAUCAUUGAGGAGCAGGUUGAGAUUGUCAACUCCUCAGAAGUACCUCUUGUGAUCGGCGAUCACAAUAUGCUGGAGGUGGGAGUCAAGGUUCUGGGAGAGGGAGGUCAGCGCAUGGGAGAUGGAAACCUGCUGGAGUGCCGAUCAGUGCUACCACCUGGUUGUUCCAUUGGCCAUGGCUGCACGCUUGGCGCAUGCACUUCCCUGGAGGAGGGCGAGGUCUUGAGCGAUGAGACGGUCGUGGUGGCGCCCGGGCUACGACACCUUGAGCCUGGUGCACGGGAGGCUCAUGUGCAGGCCGUGAGCAAGUUCAUUGAAGUUCUGAAGGAGACGUUGCCUCGCUGCCACCAUUUGCGUAAGAGCAAUGUGAAGACGUGAGGGUGGAGAG